AUGGAUAUGGAGAGCGGAGAUGUAAAUAUCAUCGUCCAAAGUCUUCUUGAUUGUGUGGGUGAAGAAUCUAAUAUCACCAACGCAAUUUCACCAUCCAUAUACAUGGCUCCUAGUACCCUCCGAAAUCUCAGCCCAACUUCUUUCCAGCCUCGGGUGGUCUCUAUUGGACCACUGCACAGAGCAGAUGAAAACCUUCAGCUAUUUGAAGGUCGGAAAGCCGUUUAUGUGCAAAGUCUGUGGCGUCGUUCAAAGUUAUACCAAGAAGGACAAACAUUUACACAAAUGUUAACAACAUGUGUGCAGAAGGUGGCUGGUUCAAUUGAAAAAAUCAAAGCGUGUUAUGCCGACAAAAGGAGUUACAAUGAUAUCGAACUUGCAACGAUGAUGGUUAUGGAUGCUAGUUUCAUACUUCAGUUCAUUUGUUCCGGAUUGGAUGAUUCAGGUUCCAACAAGUUGCGUGACAGCUAUGUACCUUAUGAUCUGGUUCUGCUAGAGAACCAGAUCCCCUUUUUUGUGCUUAAUGACGUAUUUGAGUGCACUAUUUCGAAAUUUGAAAAAGAUCAAUCUCUUACUGAAUUUAUCCGUCCACUUUUGAAAUAUACCAAUCUCAUCGAAGGAAAACUAAAACUAGGCUCACAUACAAAUUAUGAUCAUAUUCUUGGCUGCUUGCAUAGAUGUUACAAGCCUAAAAGUGAUAUUCGAUCACAUUUUCCAAGAUCAACAAUCCACUCGGCUGUAGAACUUGAUAGGGCAGGGGUGAAGUUUAAGCCUAACGAAGUUGUAGGAUGGCCAUUGGCCAUGGAAGUGAAUAUCUAUAGGUGUUCAUGUAUUUUCUGGUUUUUAUCUAAGCCUACUUUCAGAAUGCCGACACUGCGUAUCAACCAUUUCACUGAGUUGGUUUUUAGGAAUCUUAUUGCAUACGAGCAGUUAUCUAUGGUUCAGCCCUACGUUACAUCAUAUGCCAGGGCCAUGGAUAUGCUAAUCGAUACUCAUGAGGACAUUGUCAAGUUGGUGACAUCAAAAGUUAUUGUCAAUCAUUUAGGUUCAAACGAAGAGGCAGCAAAUAUGAUAAACAAAAUAUGCAAAGAAGUUGUGUGGGAAAAGUUCUUUUAUGGUAAAGAGUGGAAGAAGUUGGAUAACCACUUCAAUGGUUACUGGCCCAGAAAGAUUGUUAAAUUAAGCCGUACUUAUUUCAGUAGUCCAUGGAAUAUUAUUGCCCUCUUCGCAGGAAUUGUUCUUUUCGCUCUUGCUGUGGUUCAAACCAUCUUUACAGUUAAGUCCACCGGAAAUUAG